AUGCUAUUCAAACAGCAGGUGUUGCUGAGACAGAAGCUCUUUGUGCUGGGCAGCCUUGCUGUUGGAAGUCUCUUAUACAUAGUUGCCAGAGUUGGGAGCUUGGAUAGACUCCAGCCUACAUGUCCCAUAGAAGGUCAAUUUGGGGACCAAGAGCAAAUCAUGCUUCGGGCAUUACAGUACAAACGAGGCUUGUCACAUGAUUUACGCAAAGGCAAUGUUACAAAGGAACAAAUCAGACUACACAACAUGGUGCAACAGCUUCCCCAGGCCAUUAUUAUCGGUGUCCGCAAGGGUGGAACACGGGCCCUUCUUGAAAUGCUGAACUUACACCCAGCUGUGGUCAAAGCCUCGCAGGAAAUCCACUUCUUUGACAAUGAUGAAAAUUAUGCUAAGGGUAUUGAAUGGUACCGGAAAAAAAUGCCCUUUUCCUACCCCUAUCAGAUCACUAUUGAGAAAAGCCCAGCAUACUUCAUCACAGAGGAAGUCCCUGAAAGAAUUUACAAAAUGAACUCAUCCAUCAAAUUGUUGAUCAUUGUGCGUGAGCCAACGACCCGAGCCAUUUCAGAUUACACUCAGGUGCUGGAAGGCAAGGAAAGGAAGAACAAAACCUACUACAAAUUUGAGAAGCUUGCAAUUGACCCAACUACCUGCGAGGUAAAUACUAAAUACAAGGCUGUGAGAACUAGUAUAUACACAAAACACCUUGAGAGGUGGCUCAAGUACUUUCCCAUUGAACAGUUUCACAUUGUGGAUGGUGAUCGCCUGAUAACUGAGCCAUUACCUGAACUGCAGCUAGUGGAGAAGUUUCUGAAUCUGCCCCCCAGAAUAAGCCAGUAUAAUUUGUACUUUAAUGCCACCAGGGGGUUUUACUGUUUACGAUUUAACAUUGUGUUUAACAAGUGUCUGGCAGGCAGUAAAGGACGGAUACAUCCUGAGGUGGAUCCCUUGGUUGUUAACAAACUGCACAAGUUUUUUCAUCCUUUCAAUCAGAAAUUUUAUCAGAUCACUGGACGGACAUUUAGCUGGCCAUACAAGUGA